AUCAGUUUGUUGGCAAUUAAUUCCUUCCCGAGAGUAUCAUAUUAAGGUCCAACUAAACUCAGACCUCGAUACAUACCAUGACCAAUGAUGUCCCAGACACCAAAUGGGCAGAGAUCUCCUUGUCUCUACUCAAAGAUCCCGACAACUUCAGCAAAUGGGAGAGCUUGAUCAAAGCAUCCGAAGCAAUCAAUGGCGGUAUAUGCAAAAGCUCCUCCGCGGUCGAUAAGAAGCUUUUCCGCAGCGCAUUUGACCAAUUCUUGUUAAAGUUUCCGCUUUUGCACCAGUACUGGAUCAACUACGCCACCUGGGAGUUCAAGCUAGGCCACACAGACCUUGCUGAAAAGGUGUACUCGAGGGCGUUGCAGUUUUCUCCGUACUCCAUCGAGAUUUGGAUCAGCUACUUGAAAUUUAGAAUAACGGUGGACCCCGACUACGACUCCACUAGAGCACUUUUUGAGAAAGCGCGGGUGAAGAUCGGUUACCACUACUUCGGACACGAAUUUUAUGACUUGUACUUGGAGGUUUUGCAGUCAUUCGAUAAACGCAAUGAGUGGGUGUGGUUAUUGCGAAGAGUCAUCGAGCUUCCUCUCUACCACUACGGGAAGUACUUCAAGGAGUUCUUCAAAUUGAUCGAAAACAUACCGAACGACCCGGAAAUCGCGCUCUUGCUCAUCCCCCAGAGUCAAUUACUGAAGUUUAACUUGGAAAAUACGCACGAAACCAGCGCAAAGUUGAAGAAAACCUUCACCGAUGUGUACAUUUCCACCCAGUACGAGGUUUUUGAGAUGUGGCGAUAUGAGCGAGCGAUCAAAAGGCACUACUUCCAUGUAACAUACGUGUCAACGACCGAACUAGAAAGCUGGGAGCUUUACUUAAACUAUAUGGAGUUGAAGGCCGAUCCACACCGCACCGCGCUCACAUACGAACGCUGCUUGAUUGCCACCGCGUUAUACGAAAAGUUCUGGCUCAAAUACGCUUACUACCAACUAAGCUUGGAUCAGGUAGAGACAGCCAAGGAGUUGCUACGCAAGGGGAUCUACUUUACACCAAUGUCUAACGUUGCCCUAAAGUUGAAGUUGGUGGAGUUUGAGAUCUGCCAGGGAAAUUACCUCAGAGCAAGGGAUAUUAUACUUCUGAAUAUGCGAAUGGCACCAGAGCUGCUUCCGCUAUACGUCGCCUUACUCAAUGUAGAGCUGCUAUUGAAGCCUGACGAAGCCCACUUGCUCGAACUAGUCCUGAACAAGGUCAACGGAGACGGAUUUGAUGUUUUGUUCGAGGAAUUAAUGUCCUAUGACGUGAAAUAUCAAACCAUGGAAGCGUUCUUCGCAAAGUACAAAGAUACCAAGACGUCGAUCCGCUUCUGGAAAAGCUACUUGCUAUUCCAGAUUCGCAACCAGGCUGUACAUGGCAUCAAAAACACCACUAUCUUGGAGCUUAUGCGCCAAGCCUUGGUGAAAGUGGAGGGAAAGACGGAUAGGAAUAUGUUGAUCAAGCUUUGGCGCGACUACUUACUUGAAAAUAGUGGUUUGGAUGAAUACUACAAGUCUGAGUUAGAUGUGUUUAUUCAAGAAUGAUAGAAUGGUCAUUAGGAGACAUCGGUUAUAUUGGCUGGGUUUUUGUUACUGGAUACGGACCUCUAGUUUGGGAACGCUAAGUGGAUUGACUGUCUCUGAUAACUGUCCAAACGGGAUAGCGUAGAUUUGGUGGAAAUUCAGGUUUUCACUUUUCAUUAUAAACACACAUUUGUUGUCUCGGUC